AUGGUGUUGUUGAGAAGCAACAAAGUGACGAUGGAACCGGCGCCGAAGUCGACAGAAGCAGCGGAACCAACGAACCCGGAGGCGGAACCGUCGACCUCGACAGAAGGAUCUGUUCCUUUCGUUCCGGAACCGAUGAAGUCAACAGAACCAGUGACGGAACCGCGCCGAAGUCGACAGAAGCGGCGGAACCAACGAACCCGGCGGCGGAACCGUCGAUCUCGACAGAAGGAUCUGUUCCUUUCGUUCCGGAACCGACGAAGUCGACAGAACCGGCGACGGAACCGUCGAACUCGACAGAAGAGGCGGUUCCGACAAAAGAACGUCGAAUCCGACAAAAGCGGGGGAAGUGCCAAAUCCUUCGCAAACAGCGGAACCGACCGACGAAUCUCCGCCGACAGAGGAGACGGAUGGUGA